AUGCCUGCCCAAUUGCAAAGCAAGAGAGCUUGGCUCCUACUGGCCGCUUCCGUCACUCUACAUAUAUUCCUAUUGGCCAAUACGAGGAUCAUAGGUGAUAGGACGGCUACAACACCCAGCAAGAGGCUAUUGAGAAGAUGGGAUGUGGGCGUGGAAAGUGAUCUUCCAGCUGAAUCACUGUUCGAACUACCCUAUGCAGAAUGGUAUGACACCCUUCCACCAGCUUAUCGACCAUUCUACAUCCUAUUCCUCUUGCUCGUCCUAGCAUUCUUAUUCUCAUUCAUCGGUAUAUCCGCAUCAGAUUUCUUCUGCCCAAAUUUAGCUACUAUCGCUUCUUAUCUCGGUUUGAACGAGUCCACCGCAGGUGUGACCUUUUUGGCAUUUGGGAAUGGCAGUCCGGAUGUGUUCAGUACGUUCAGUGCGAUGAAGAAUGAGACUGUGGGUUUGGCCAUUGGAGAGUUGUUGGGUGCUGCAAGUUUCAUCACAUCCAUCGUUGUCGGCUCAAUAGCAUUCAUCAAGCCUUUCCAUGUACCCCGACACGCCUUCCUGCGGGACGUACUAUUCUUCACUUCCGCGGUACUUCUCCUCGUUAUCGUCCUGCGCGACGGUCACUUGUCAUUCUAUGAAGCGGGAAGUAUGGUUGUUCUGUAUAUCGCCUACGUGGGAGUGGUAGUAGGUGGUAAUUGGUGGGCUCGAAGACGGAGGAAAAGAAAAUCUCAAUCUUCAAAUGAGAACAUAUCACAUCAUCACCAAACCGCUAUCAAAUCACCUUUAUUAGAUGGAUCGGUCAGGAGCAGUCGAAGAAGUUCAACAUAUUCUUCACCUCACUUAUCACCUGUUCCUCAGCCUAUCGAUGUUGAUCUCGACGACGCGGAAGACAGUGAGAUGACCCUCAAUCAAACCCCAGGGGAAAUAACACCUAGGCCACAUCUGGGUAGAACAAGAUCACACACUUCAGCAUCAUAUCUCAAUUCACAUUCCCAUCCACAUUUACAUCAUCACGAUUCGAUUGAUACGCCCCGAGCGAAUUUCUCCUUGUUGGGCGCAAUAGAGUUUCGAGAUGUCGUCAAUUCAUUGAGGAAAGAAUCGAAUUCCAGAUUGAACAGUCCAGGUAGAGACAGGAGUCCAGCCGAACUGGAACAGACAGAUUACUUUGGUCCUGUAUCUGCUGUUGGACAUAGGAGAUCAUCUUCAUAUGGGUUCAAUGCAGCGUUCGCUUCUACCUCAUCUUCUCAGCAAUUACCUAGACGAUCAAACUCAAUAAAAGGUAGAAGAAGAGCUUCGACGCAUACUUCUCCUACUGGGAUGGGCGGUAAUCGGAGUGUAUCUACUCCUGCACGUUCCUCCUCGGCUGCCGUAGCUGAGGAGCAGGACGAAUCACAUACACCGUCGUCGACAGAACCGAAUCCAUGGGAAGAUCAACAAGGUAAACCACCGCCACCACCAUCGCCUUUGACAGAAGAUAGAUUGACCGUACCGAAACCCUCUAGACCUAAGGUGAUUAUACCCUCCUCCCAACAGAGGGUACACUUGUCCAAACCUAGCGUUCCAUCCAUAUCUAUCGUGGAUCCAUCGGGGAAUGCCGAUUCGUUACCUAUUCCAGAGGAAUCGCCUCCAGUUGUAACUCCCAACCCACCUUUGGAAUUCUUCAAGAAGCGCGAAUCUCGGUUUAGAGUCAGAAGAAGGUCGAAAUUCAUAUUGAGGGUUUUAUUCCCUUCUUUACAAUCAUUCAAACAUAAAUCAUGGAUCGGUAUGAUCCUCGCUAUUACUUCCGUCCCCGCUAUCUUAGCUCUCACUCUUACUUUACCUGUAGUGGAUGAUGGGAAUAAUCAUCAAGAGGAAGAUGGAGGGAUAGCGUUACCUAUAUCGGAGGAUGAAGCAUUGAUUGAUGCUGAAUUAGGAUAUAGGGUCGCACAGCAAGAGCAAGAUGGAUAUUCACCUACAGAUACAGGGAGAGCAUCAGGUGAUGAUAUGGAUGAAGAAUCAGAUAGAUUGUUGAAUCCUGAUAUAGGAGGAGAAUUACAUCAUUUAGUAGAUCAUGGAUUCUCACCUCUCCAUUCACCACUUGGGAGGAUCUCUCAUGGUUCGCUGAGGGGAUUCAACUCGAGUUCGCAUGAUUACGGUGCAAUUGCUCUACAACCUGAUGAUGAGGAGUUGAACGAAGGACAAGAAGAGGAUGCGGAAGAACAAAAUAAAGAAGAAGAGUUGUAUGAGCGGAUGGAAGAAGAGAGAGGAUUGGAAUUCAAUAAGUGGUUGACUGCUGUUCAAUGUGUAUUCGGACCGGCAUUUUGCGUUUUUGUAACGUUUAAUGAACAAUCGUAUUUCCUUUGGGUCUUAUUAGCUUCCAUCAUCAUCGGAAGUAUCGCGGCUUGUCUGACAAUAUACUACGCCACGGACGGAUCGUCUUAUACGUGGAGGCUGAUCAGGUGCUUUUGCGGGUUCACAUGUAGUAUGGUAUGGAUAGCUGCCAUCGCCGAUGUGGUCGUGGGUGUGUUGAACACUGUUGGGGAGAUAUUAGGAUUGAGUGACGCGAUAAUCGGAUUGACAAUCUUUGCUGUUGGAAACAGUCUGGCAGACUUGGUCGCAAACGUCACGGUAGCUCAAUUCGCUCCCGCCAUGGCGUACGCAGCGUGCUUCGGCGGACCCAUGUUAAAUCUUCUUCUCGGUGUAGGCGGUUCGGGAACAUAUCAUAUCUUAUUUAACGGUGGUUCAUCCCGUCAGCCAGUAAUAGUCCAUUUCUCACCUACGUUAUGGGUAUCAGCCGGCGGUCUAAUCUUGAUACUCAUCACUACGGCUAUAGUGGUUCCAUUGAACAAUUAUCUGAUAGAUCGUCGUUGGGCUAGUUGUUUGAUCGUAGCUUAUGUGGUAUUGAUGUGUGUCAAUGUGGGUGUGGAGAUUAAGACUGGCAGAGCAUGA